AAUCACACACACAUAUAAAAACCAAAUGAUAUUAUAUCUCGAUCAACAACGGUAGUAGUCCCACACGCCUGUCUCGAACACCUUCAUUUACGCGAUCUAAAAAUGGCCAUAGAACACGGAGGAACAACAGCACAACCAUUAUUACCAACAUCAAAACGCCGAACAUUCAACCGAUCAACUUCAUACGCGUACGAUGAACUCCAUAGUUUUCGAUCAUGGCUACGUUGGAUGUGUGUCGAUCAGUCUAAUAAUUGGACUGCAUCUUUAUCAUGGACAGUUUUCAUUAUUUUCACUUUUAUCAUCCCAAUUUUGUCUCAUUUUUAUCUCGCGUGUAGCGACUGCGAUAACCGACAUGCCAGGCCGUACGACAGCCUGGUUCAGUUGUCGCUUAGCGCAGUCGCUACGCUUUCGUUUGUUUCGUUGUCUCAGUUUAUUAGGAUUUAUGGGCUGAGAAGGUUUUUGUUCUUUGAUAAACUUUGUGAUGAAAGUGAGAUCGUCAGGACCGGAUAUACUGCACAACUUAAUAGAUCACUGAAAAUACUCUCCAUCUUUGUUGUCCCAUGUUUUGCUGCUGAGAGUGCAUACAAAAUAUGGUGGUACACUUCGGGUGCCACAGCCAUCCCCUUCUUGGUCAAUGUUGUAGUGAGUAAUACAGUAGCAUGUAUCCUGGAACUCUUCUCUUGGCUCUACAGAACGGUGGUGUUUUUCCUCGUCUGUGUCCUCUUCCGCCUCAUUUGUUACCUGCAAAUUCUCCGCCUACAAGAUUUUGCUCAGGUUUUUCAAGUUGACUCUGAUGUUGAGUCUGUAUUGAGGGAACAUCUUAGGAUCAGAAGACACUUGAAAAUCAUUAGUCAUCGUUAUCGUGUUUUCAUAUUGUUCUCCCUCAUCAUUGUCACUGUCAGUCAGCUUGCGUCCCUUCUCAAUACUACACGCCACACAGCACAGCUCAGCAUCUUUAAAUCUGGUGAACUUGCCCUGGUUUCCGUAAGCCUUCUUGCUGGCUUAUUGAUUUUGCUGAGGAGUGCAACUAGGAUCACCCACAAGGCACAAGGUGUGACGUGCCUGGCUGCCAAGUGGCAUGUUUGUGCAACAAUUGAUGUCUUUGAGACACCCGAAGCUGAUACUGAAACCCCAACAACAGCAACAGGUGUUCCUGGGAAUCCUGGCAGCCAGGCUUUUCCGUGUGAAGCAUCAUCAUCCGACUAUGAUGAUGUUGGUAGUGAAGAAGACGAGUUGGACAAUACUAAACUGAUACCAGCCUAUGCUUACAGCACAAUAUCUUUUCAGAAAAGGCAAGCUUUAGUGACUUAUUUUGAGAACAAUAGAGCUGGGAUAACAGUAUUUGGUUUUAUGCUGGAUAGAACCUCACUACACACCAUAGUGACAAUAGAGAUGUCACUGGUGUUAUGGUUGCUUGGGAAAACCAUCGGUAUUUCUUAAUUUACAUAACUUAAAAUGAAGAAAAUCAACUAGACCGCGAAAGAAAGAAUGCAGCCAUUUGGUUGUGUAGAUCACUUACACCAACAGGGCUGCCUACAUCCAUUUUGAACACUGUGAACUUUGCAUGAAAGUGCAUUGACGUGUUGAUAUCAAGUUAGAAACAGAGGAGUAGUUUGGGGAAUGUGAGUUAAUUUGCUGUGUUGAGAGCCUGCUGAUUAUAUUGUGUAUGGUUCAUUUCAAUUUGAAGUCAUUUGUUCAAUCAUUCUUUUUGACUGUGCUAUUUGUUCACUGAUUAAACUUGAAUGUACGUAACAUUAUGUGCAGUUGGUAAUAUAUGUGCCAUAUGUUAAUA